AGAGAGACUUUGAAAAGAGAAGAACUAUAUAUAAAGUUGACGCUUCCUCGAAUUGGCGAAAUUUCAGCUCAUCUUAAUCCGCGGAAUCUUCUUUCUUUCUCUCCCUUUUCUACAGCCCGAUAAACCCUAGAAUUGGUUUCAAUUUCAAUACUUUUGGAUCCUAAUUAGCACCUUGUCUGAAUUGUUGGAAGCUCCUUGUUGUUGAGCUAAAAAGAAUGGGGACUCCGGAAUUUCCAGAUCUGGGGAAACACUGCUCCGUCGAUGUUUGCAAGCAGAUCGAUUUCUUGCCCUUCACCUGCGACCGUUGCCUCCAGGUGUUUUGUUUGGAUCAUCGAAGCUAUAUGAAACAUACUUGUCCAAAAGGUGACAGAGAAGAUUUAACCGUGGUUAUCUGCCCUCUAUGUGCUAAAGGAGUCCGGUUAAACCCAAACGAAGACCCGAACAUAACUUGGGAGAAACAUGUCAAUACCGACUGUGAUCCUUCCAACUAUGAGAAAGCCACAAAGAAGAAGAAAUGUCCUGUUCCAAGAUGCAAGGAGCAACUAACAUUCUCCAACACCAUCAAGUGCCGGGAUUGCAAUAUCGAUCACUGCUUAAAACACCGUUUUGGACCUGAUCACUCUUGCCCUGGACCGAGGAAACUCCCAUUCAUGGGUUUCUUGAGUAGUAGUAGCAGCAGCAACAGUAGAAAAGAAGCUAAAACAACAAGACCCAACAAAGCUUCUGCAUCAUCAUCUUCAACUUCGAGAUGGUCGAAUCUCUUAUCUUCAGCAGAAGGAGGAAUUAGCAGACUCGGUAACGACAUAAGCCAAAAGCUACAGUUUUCGAGCAGCAGCAGCAAUGAUGGUAUCAUAGAGGUUUGUCCACAGUGCGGUGCAAAAUUCUCUUCAGUUACUAGUCUUGUGGAACAUGUAGAGAAAACACAUGAGAGGAACAAGAAACAGAGUCAUGGCAGCAAAGUCACGGUCGAUGUUUGCCCCAAAUGUAGCAAAGGAUUCCGUGAUCCAGUGGAUCUUGUGAAUCAUAUCGAAAGGGAUCACCGAGGUACAUCUAAAGCAUAAGAACACAUCACAGCUCUUGUGAAAAAAAAGUAUUCAACAUUGUAUUUUUCUCUUCGUUUGACUGUGGAUUUAAACAACCAAAAAGAAAAUAAAGAGACACAUUCUUUGAA